CAUGGAUUGGGAAGUCGAAGCACUACAGAAGGCGCUCAACCUUUUUAAGGAGAAAUUCUACGAAAUGAAGUCCAAGGCAAUGGAGGAGGACCUCGAUGGAUGGCAAGUCGGAUUUGGGAAGCCCCCUACCACACCAUACCUCCACAACUGGGCCAACAACCCCACCGACACUAUCAAAACAAAGAGCUACGUCAUCCCAGCGUCCAAAGUGCUCUACCAACAUGUCGAGAGCGCGAAGAAAUUCUUGAACGCACUCGAAAAGGAAGUUCGAGGUGACGAAGCCGCUCUUCAAAAGGAGGCCGACCUAGAGAAGGCCGCACGGAAGAAGGAAUCCGCACAAAAAAAAAGAAACUGCAAAAAGGAGGAAUCGAAGGACUGCCCCGAUUCCGGCUCCAAGGAGUUUGUGCGCCCUGCUUUUGACGAGGACGACGAAUUCACCACGUCGAUGUCUUUCAAGAACCCCGGUAAAGACCAGUCCAAUCUAUACAACUGGGUUGCCGACAGACACUUGAUAUGGGAGAUGUCCUCGGUUCUAAACAGCUUGACGUCGCCUGAGAUCCUUCGCGCGGAAGUGCUUCUCCGCCUCGGUCAAACGUGA